AUGGAAGCCAACAACAACAACAACAACAAUGACAGUCUGUUUUUGCAAACUCUUCUUGACGAGCAGCAACAUCAACAACAGCAACAGCAACAGCAACAACAACAGCAACAACAGCAACAACAGCAACAACAACAAAAACAUAAACAGCAACACUCGGAACAAGUAGUAGAACCAAAACCCCAAAAGAAACAGAAAACACACGAUCGUUGCAUCUUUCAAAGCGUCCAGUUCGCCUUGGCCAUUGUCCGCAAUCCCUUUCCCAACUCACCACACUUUGGCAAAUGGUUGGCAGUCAAUGAAACCAACGGCCGAGGAUGGUGGGUCCCUGGUGGUUGUGUGGAACGAGGAGAAACCUUUCAGCAGACCUGCGACAGAGAAUGUUUGGAAGCUGCCGGCGUCAAGAUUCAAUUGAAAGGUAUCCUGAAAGUAGACCAUUCGGUAUCUGGGGAUGUCUGUCGGAUGCGAGUCAUUUAUUAUUGCGAGCCAACGUCCCUACAAGAAGCCAACAACUACAAGACCACGGCAGAUUCGGAGAGUUUGGAAGCUCGAUGGGUAUCCAUUCAAGAUUUGCUAGUCUUGGCUCAAGGCAAUCCUGGUUUGAGAGCAAGAGACUUGCUCCAAUGGGCAACCUAUCUAGAGAAUAAUGGGCAUGUCAUGCCUCUAGAAAUGUUUGGGGAGGAGGGAGAAGUGCAAAGUCUAGGGUCGCGUAGUGCACCACUACCAGCGUCACAGUUGCAGCAAGCACAACAAUUGCAACAACAACAACAACAGCAACAAAGAUCUCAACAGCAACAGCAACAGCAACAGCAACAAUUGCAGCAAGCACAACUACAACAACGUCUACAGCAACAAUUACAACGAGCACAGCAACAAGCGCAGCAACAAGCGCAACUACAACAACAAGCGCAAGCGCAGCUACUACCUACGCCAUUUCAAUCCAAAGCAAUGGCAGCAAUUGGUGGUGGUGGUGGUGGUCUCGACUAUUUUCAGCAACAACAACAACAAGGAGCCAAUGAUACAUAUGAUACCACGGGGACAUCUUCCUCAUCAUCAUCGUCCUUUACACCGGAACAAACACAAUUCAUGGAAUGGGCCAAUGCAAAGCGUAAGGAAUUCAAGUACGAGGCUGUCUAG